AUGACCAGUCAAGAGAGCAAUCGACUUCAAUUCCUUUGGAAUGCGUCUCAUGCUUUAUUGUCCAGUACACCAAAUCUCUCCGCCUUUUAUAUGCAGCGGUUUCACCAACGCGCGACCGAAAAUCAGCUAAAACUGGCUGACGGUAUCAAGCGGAAAUAUUGUAGUUAUUGUGGAAGUAUCUUUGUUCCUGGAAUUAACUGUCAAACCCGGCUAAAUGCAAAUAAAAAGCGAAGAAAGCAAAAGAGAAAACAGAUAGUUGAUAUUAAAGAUAAAUAUUCAAAAAGCGUGAAACGAGAUAACGAGAUAAUUCAAAACGAUGGUUCGGGCACUUGUAAGUUACGAAAAGCCACCCAGGAAAAAAGAAAGAUUAUCCAUGUUCAAUCCGAUAAAACCCAUUCACAACGAAGAGCAGAUUUUAAACAAAAACGUCAACAAUAUAAAAAUCAUUUAUCUUAUAUUUGUAACAUGUGCAACAGAGAAACUAGAUUCACCGGGAGCAUUAUGCGAGAUAUUUCGCGCCCUGAUCAAACUGAAACCAAUAAGAAAAUUUCACUUUGGCCAAAACCGCAUGAAAUGUCAACCUUAUCCAAAAAGUUGAUAACUUCGAGUAACCCUUCGAGUGGAAGCAAAUCUAAAAAGAAAAAGCAAAAAUCACAGCUUCAACAAUUUUUAGCUGAAGAAAAGGAGAGAAAUAAUGAGAAAAAAGAUCCGACAGAAUUGCUAAAUUUAGAAGAUUUUUUAUCAUCCUUAUGA